CAUUUGCACCGGAUCGCGAAUAGCCCUAAUGUUGAUGACAUCCUUAAGGAUAUGCAGGUUGUUAUAAACCAGAACGGUCAGCAGUUAGCGGAUUAUAGGAGUGAAUUUGAUAGCGCGGUAGAGAAAAAUGAGAUGGAAAUGAGGCAAUUAUUGCAAGAUGUAGAAGUAGCAUUUGGUGAAAGAAUUAAGGCAAUGCAGAAAGCUCAAGAGACAUGUGUAAAAAGUGUGAAGGAAGUAAACAAAAUUCGCGAAAUACCCGACUGUUUUAAGCAACGAAGCGAGCAAGUAUGCAGUGAAAUUAAGAGCAACAAAGAAGACAAUAAGAAAAUGA